GAGCGAGUGAGCGAGCGCGGGCUUCACCAUGGAAGGACAGGAGAAGCUGGAGUGCCCGCCUAAGCCCCAGAGCCGUAAGUCCUCGGCAUCCAGUGUGUGUUUUACACAGACAGCAAAUCUCACUUGGAGCAGCCACAGUCCGAGUGCCCCGUGGCCCUGGGCAGUGACAGUGAUCCCCCUCCCAUGUGCAAAAGACCCAUGCAUCUCUGAGGAAAAGAACCCGAACAGUCUCCAGGGGAUGUCCAUGUGGCUCACAGGAAUGGAGUUAGCAGCAGCUCUAGCCCCUGCCGAAUCUCUGAAGCGACAAGACAACUCGAAGUGGUUUCGGGGGCGGUUAAAGCCUCCUCAAAAGCCCCCCGCGCUGCCCGCCGGCCGGAGCCGCGCCGCGCCGACCUCCCCAUCAUGGCGGCGGCCGGGCGGGGAAGCCGAGCCGUGCGUCGCGUGCGUGCCUCCUCCCUCCCCUCCCCCUCCUCGGCGGCGGCAGAGGCGGCAGCGCUCGCCAUUGCCGCUGGUGGCAGGAGGCUGCGAGGAGCCGGCGCGGUCGCAGUCUCCACGGCGCAGGCCCACGGUAGACCGGGGGACGCCGGAAUAUGGCGCGUUGCCCACCUUCUUGCAAGUUGUUCGGAGGCGGCCCGGGCGGCAGUUCGAGGAGGAGGAGGAGGGCGCAAAGUCCUUUUGUACGCAGAAAUAA